GUAGAUGUUUACGACAGUGAGAGCGCGUUUACGGCGGAGUGUAGUAUUUGUACAGAUGCGGGAAGAAAACAACUGAUUUGGUCUCCACACCGCGAUCACAAUUCACACAGUUAUCCAGAAACGUGAACAUAUAUGAAGACACAGGAACAAAGAGGUCUGAUGGACGUGAAAGAGGGAAAUCAAGAACCGAAUGGAGUGGAGUGGUGUGAGAAACCUCAAAGUCUUUUAAAUGGAGAGGAAACCUUUAAUGAAAAGAAUGUCUCACGAAGCAGAACUCAAAGAGCAAAAGCCAGAAAGUCUUUAAAAUGUCAUCAGUGUGAAAAGAGUUUUACACGUCAAGAGAACCUGGAGUAUCACUUAAAAGCUCACACUGGAGAAAAACCAUACACCUGCCAUGAUUGUGGAAAGAGUUUCAUACUAAACAAACACCUUAAAUGCCAUAUAAGAAUUCACACCGGAGAAAAGCCUUACGAAUGUGAUCAGUGUGGAUGCGGUUUUGCGAGUAGAGAGAGCCUAAAGAACCAUGCAAGAAUUCACUCUGGAGAAAAGCCGAGUUUCACCUGCUCUUAUUGUGGAAAGAGCUAUGCAUUUAAAUGCAGACUUAAAAGACACUUAAAAAUUCAUACUGGAGAGAAACCAUUCACAUGCCCUCAGUGUGGAAAGAGUUUUACAGAAAAGCAACAUCUUGCCAAGCACAUAAGAAUGCAUAUCGGACAGAAGUCUUACACCUGCACUGAGUGUGGAAAGGUCUGUCCAAAUGAAUACAGACUUGAGAUACACCUAAGACGUCACACUGGAGAGAAACCAAACACCUGCCCUGAUUGUGGAAAGAGUUUUGCAGAAAAAGCACACCUUAGCAAGCACAUCAAAUUUUAUCAUCAGGCCUUUAAGAUCCGGUCUUUCAGCUGCUCUCAGUGUGGAAAGAGUUUCACAGAUAGACAGAAUCUUAAGAGACACUUAAGAGUUCAUACUGGAGAGAGACCAUACACGUGCCCUCAUUGUGAAAAUAGCUUCACGCAAAAAGUACAUCUUGACAGGCACAUAAUGCUCCACACUGGAGAGAAACCUUACAGGUGUCCGCAGUGUGAAAAGAGUUUCAUGGAGGCAUCAGCUCUCAUACGUCAUCUGCACAUUCAUACGGGAGAAAAACCUUACUAUGCUCUACACUCCAGAGAAAUUUACUUAAAUAUGAGAAAUAUGGAGUUUGUUAAAGUGGAGAUUGGCGACAUGAGUGAUCCAGAACCGUGUAUAAUUAAACAUGAAGAUACUGAGGAACAAACAGACUGGAUGGAAGUGAACCAGCAAGUACAUGAACUAAAUGAAGCAGAGGACGAACGUUGUACCUUUCAAGCUCAAAGAACAAAAGCCAAAAAGCUGCACACCUGCUCACAGUGUGGAAAGAGCUUCACACACAAAGGAAAUCUUAACACACACGCAAGAAUGCACACUGGAGAGAAACCAUACACAUGCCAUCAAUGUGCAAAGAGUUUUACUCGUUCAUCAGGUCUCAGUAAACAUCUGCUCUGUCACUCAGGAGUAAAGCCUUUUAUCUGUGAUCAGUGUGGUAAACAUUUCAUUUCGUCAUCAAAACUAAAAACACACCAGAAAGUUCAUUCAGAUGAGAGGCCUUAUGAGUGUUCUUUGUGUGGAAAGAGUUUUUCACGGCUGGACAGUUGUAAACAGCAUCAGAAAACACAUAAUGAAGUGAGAGAUCAUGUGUGUUGUGAGUGUGGGAAGAGCUUCACUACAGCUAGUCAACUAAAACAGCACCAAAGAAUUCACACUGGAGAAAGACCUUACAAGUGCUCAUAUUGUGACAGGACUUUCACUCUUUCUGGAAACCUGAAAGCACAUGAGCGAGUUCACACUGGAGAGAAGCCGUACCACUGUACUCAGUGUGGAGAGGGUUUCAUAAGCACCAAAAAUCUCCAUUAUCAUCUGCACGUUCACUCUGGAGAAAGGCCAUUUAGCUGUGAUCAGUGUGGAAAAAAGUUUAAAUCGGCAUCAAAUCUAAAAUGUCACAUGAAUGUUCAUACAGAUGAAAAGCCUCACUUGUGUUCUUUGUGUGGAAAGAGUUUUUCAAGACUGAACAGUUGUAAGAUGCACCAGAAAAUGCAUGAUGAUGUAAAAGAAUACGUUUGUUUGGAUUGUGGAAAGAGCUUUACUGCAGUUGGCCAGUUGAAACGGCACAAAAGAAUUCAUACUGGAGAGAAACCUUACAAGUGCUCAUAUUGUGACAAGAGUUUCAUUCAGUCUGGAAGCUUGAAAGCACAUGAGCGAGUUCACACUGGAGAGAAGCCGUAUGACUGUACUCAGUGUGGAAAGAGUUUCACUCAGUCAAAGACUGUAGCGAUUCAUAUGGAAAAGCAUUGUUCUGUGUCAGAGUGAGCAAAUGUUUUCUUCAGAUUCAAAUACUUUUUCAAGUACGUGAGAUUCAGAUAAAGUAAGUGUGCAGCUUGUUCAAAUAACGUAGUUUUGCUGGGGAACAGCAAAUUAUGACUUAAAUUUUGCAUUUAUGCAUUUUUAUUAUUUGAUUGAAAAUCACCCUAUAAAGACUUAGACAAAGUAGCAAAACAGACAGGAAACAAAUGUAACAAAAACCAAGUUUGAAACGAUUCCCUCAGUUUGUGAGUUUUAAUUUGGAGUUUUCAAAUAAAUC